UUACGCUUUGGAUACCUCUUCAACGAUUAUAGUAAAUACAAGAUACUGACUAGAGGAGAAUAUACUGUGCAGCAGGAAAAUCAAUUGACGGAAUGAUUGAGUAGUCUUAAAAUUAACUAUCAUCGGACAAACCUCUGUGACAUUGUAUUAAGAAUUGAUGUUGGCUGUUUUAAACUUUACCAGAAAGGAUGAGCAAAAUAUGCCAUUCAUCAACAUGGACGUGAAUGUGUCUAUGAAUAGUGUAUACGAGAAUCAGUCAAAGGAUCUACCGGAAACUAAUCAUCAGGACACCGUAUUCAUCAUCCGUCGUUAUGCGCUUCCUUUGAUCUGUUUCUUAGGAAUUCUUGGAAAUUCUUUGUCGGCAAAAGCAUUCCUCGGACCUGGUCUGAAGCAUGCGUCAUGCAGUUUGUAUCUAGCCGUCCGAUGCAUAGCUGAUAAUGGCUUUAUAUUGACACUAUUCACCGCUUGGUUGGACUUUGUUCACGUUCGAGUAUUCCACACGGAUGCGAUUUGUCAAAUUGUUGUGUUUCUUUCCUAUCUCUGCAGCUUUAUGUCCGUUUGGUGUGUUGUCUUUGUAACAAUUGAGAAUUACGUCCGAAUUUGCCAUCAUACUCAUGUUAAUCGUUUCUGUAACAUUAAAGUAGCCCGUUAUGCAUUGCUCACAUGUUUUCUUAUUGCACUCCUUCUCUACAACUUUUCUCUUUGGGGGACACAAGUGCAACAGCAUGGCGACCAAAAAUAUUGUCUUACAAAACCAAUAUUUAUUAAGCUGGAGGAAGUUAUCACAUACAUCGACACUGCAUUAACCUUAGUCAUUCCAUUGCUCAUUAUUCUCGUUUUAAUGCUCCUUAUCAUAAUAAGCUCAGUUGAUGCUCAUAAGCGACAGAUUCGAUUAACCUCGACUUCAGCUCAAAACAACAACAAUGAGUCGAGACGAAGAGUCCUUCCUCAUUCCAGAGUAACAAGGUUGUUGUCAUCGGUAUCUAUCAUGUUUCUAAUUUUACACACACCUUUACACGUGAUCAGAAUCAAAGUGUUAUUCGAACACGUGCUUCGGGGAAAUGGAAAUCAAACCUCUGGAAGUGACAUGGAUCGCACACUUCAACAGAUUUUCGUCACGAUGUACUACUUGAAUUUUUCCGUCAAUUGUGUGAUCUAUCUUGUCUGUGGUGAAAAUUUUCGAAAAGUAUUUCUUGAAUCUUUUUGUUGGUUCUGCAAAUUUCGGAAUACAGAACUUGAAGUGGAAGCAGAAAGAUUUUCAAAUGUAGGAAUGACGUCCUCGCUUAUUAUGGAAAAAGACGAGGAAACAGCCAUUCAGUAAAAUUGUUGUAAUUGAAAACAUGCUUCUGUGAUAUUACACCGUAUUUCUUUAUACGUUCACGUACUCAUGUUAAAAUGCAUGAUAUUGUAUUUAUUUUUCACGUUCCUUGUUAAAAGUAUUUAUUGACUAUCAAAAGAAAUAUAUUAAUAAAAUUGAAUUAACACAUUUGUA